CUAGGGUCUGAGACGUACUUCCGCCUUAGCCGUUAUACUGCUCGGACGCUUCCGGGUUGCUUCUGGUCUGCGUAGCUGAGCGUCCACAAAUGUUUUACUGUUUAAAUCUGUGGUUUAAAUAUGAGUCGACGGAAGAUUUUCAAAACGGAGCAUUUGCAAAGACAAGUAAAAAACUACUCCGAGCACUGCUGUGUCCCACUUUGUACGGCGUCAGCUAAAUUCAACGGCGUCCUAAGUUUCCAUGGCUUUCCGACCGAACUCGAGCUGCGAAGACAGUGGCUGGUUAAAAUACGACGCGAUAACUUUACAAUCUCCUCUCACUCCAAGGUCUGCAGUCGUCACUUCGCUACGGAUCAACUAAUAGAGCCAAAAACCCUUGAUGGCCGUAGGAGGCUUGUGAAAGGUGCUGUCCCAACUCUGUUUGAGUGGAAUCACUUCACUGCUCAAACACCGCGGGCUAGUGUUUGGGAGAGAAGGGAGCGGCCCACUGAACCAGUCUCUCGGGAGGAGCAGGAAGAGCACAUCGAUGUCCGUGACCAUGAUUACUGCUCAACCCCUGAACCAGCUUCACUGGACAUGUCCUCUCAAGCUACAGAAGACAACUCCAAAACAUUGGAGGAUCUGCAGAAGCAACUGCAGGAGUUAAGAGUCCAGCGAGAGUUUUGCUUACAGCGGUUUGCUGGCUCCGACGACAACAUCCGAUUCUAUACCAGAUUCCCGAGCUAUAACCACCUGAUGGCCUUCUGGUUUUUGAUUGAGCCUUCCAUUUAUAAAAUGGUUCGUGUUACAAGAGCGAUAUCAGCUGCCAAGAGGAAUGAAGAAGUGGUUACACACGCACGUCCAUCAACGAGACAGCUGCUUCAGCCAAUUGACGAGUUCUUCCUUUUUCUCUGCUUCCUGUCGGUGGGUUUGAAAGAGAGGGACCUUGCAAACCGCUUCAACGUACACCAGUCCACUGUGAGCCGCAUCAUUGCAACAUGGACGAGUUUUCUUACCACUUUAUUGGGGUCACAGUGCAUCUGGCUUACACCUGCAGAAGUUCAAGCCCACCUCCCAGAGGCAUUCAAAGAUUUCCCAGACACACAGGUGAUCCUGGAUUGCACAGAGCUGAGGUGUCAAACACCAUCCUCACUCCUCCUCCAAAGUGAAAUUUAUUCUACAUACAAAUCUCACUGCACCAUGAAAGCCCUGGUUGGCAUAGCCCCACAUGGCGCAGUGACAUUUGUUUCCAGUCUGUAUGGUGGUUCUGUCAACGACAAGGAGAUUUUCAAACAAUCUGGAAUAGCUGCGUUGUUGACUGAAAACAUGGCAGUGAUGGUAGAUAAGGGCUUCCUGAUCAGCGAUUGCUGCAAAUGCAAGGUGUACUGCCCACCUUUUCUGUCAAAGCAGAAGCAAAUGCCAGCCUAUCAGGUGAGGGAGACACAGGCCAUUGCCAGACUGAGGGUUCAUGUGGAGCGUGUCAUUAGGAGGAUAAAAGAGAACAAACUUUUUGAUGGUGUCAUCUUCCUGUCCCAUGCCUACAACAUCAACCAACUGUUUGCAGUAGCAUGUAUGCUGUCAAACUAUCAGAACAAAGCACUGGUCAAGAAAUGGGUGACAUAAGACAAGAUGAUGACACCUGUGCAGGUAGCUGUGAUUAAGCUGGGUGAGCACACCGUAAUCCCGUGUUGCCUGACACACGCUAGUGUUUUGUUUGAAUAAAUAGCAAAUUACAAUGCGUUGAUUUCUUACAAAUGCACUGAUUUACUAUUCAUUACACAAAUCACUUCACUUUAUUGUCUUUUUAAAUACAAUUGUAUAUUUAUUUACAUAUAUGAAAUGUGACAAACAAUAUAUAUCAAAAACAAAAUAUUGAAAUCACAUUUUGUUGUCAUUCAGAACACAUGAUUGAGGGAUUGCCUCCUAAAAACAAUGACGUCUGAGCCAGGGUCUAGCAGCUAACUGAUGUAAUGGCAAACUUUGUAUAUAUGUAGUUUAAGGUUUCUUAUAGUGCAGACUUUCUAUAAGACCAUACAUGGACACAUCCACUGCAGUUCCUAGAAUGAUGUGUUCUGCUUGUAACCUUUACUAGCACUUUCAGCAAUUUCUAUAAUAAUAUAUUUCUGCUUAGGACCUCUGUCAGUAUUUUGCAAGUGUGUCUGUAAUGAUGUAUUGACACUCAUGACCUUUAAAAAUGUCGAAGUAAGGUCUGGGUGAUGUGUUUUAGUUCAUGUCCUCUGUCUCCCUGGAAAGUGACAUUUAAGGUCGCCUGAGGUCUGAACUUGAUGAGGGGGCUGGGUACCAAGCGCAGGGCAAUGGGCAAGUUCCUGUUUAGUUUCCCUGUCUUAUAAUCAAGUUCCCCAUUUCUUAGCCCUCCAUCUGUUGCUGACAAGUUUCCUCACUUCCCUCUUGCUGAACAGGCCCCUGGUUCGAUCUAUUAGUGAUUGACAGUUUCAGUUCCUUUGGAAAGCUUAUCUCUCCUGCCAGGGCCCCUCCUAAUGAGUGACGGGAUGUUGUUGAACUGACCAAAAUCCUAUAUAACCUGUAUGCAUUUUCUACUCUGCACGCACUC